CAUAAAAUUUUAUUUAUUUAUGCCACUUUGAAAAUCAGCGAAAAUGCAGCGCCCAGAGCUGUGAGGAAGGCCACGAAGAUUAAUUUUCUGUCGCCUCUGCCGAGAUAAAAGAAUCAUAUGGAGUUUGUUUGAUACUCAAAGCUCGGCGGCCAACCAAAGCAGGUUUAAUGAGUGAGACGAAAGAUGAAAUUCACGGAACACCUGUCAGCGCACAUCACACCAGAAUGGAGGAAACAGUACAUCAUCUACGAGGACCUCAAGGCCAUGCUGUACACGGCCGUGGAGGAGGCGCCGUCGGCCGAGCUCACCGAGCCCGAGAUCCUGAAUCGCCACUUUGCCAGCUUUGACGACUACUUCUUCCAGCAAUGCGACCAGGAGCUCAAGAAGAUCAACACGUUCUUCUCCGAGAAAAUGGCUGAGGCCACUCGCAAGUUCUGCAUGCUGCAGAGUGAGCUGAAGGCGUCGCUGGACGCCAGCAGCCACACCAAGUCGGGCCUCACCAAGGCCAGGAAGCUGCUGACGGGCGGCGUGCCGGCCAGAAAGCUGCAGGACCUCAAGCUGGCCUUCAGCGAGUUCUACCUCAGCCUCAUUCUGCUGCAGAAUUACCAGAAUUUGAACUUCACCGGCUUCAGGAAGAUUCUCAAGAAACACGAUAAGCUUCUAUCGACUGAUCGGGGUGCGAAAUGGAGAUCGGAGCACGUGGAAACGUCACAUUUUUACACAAACAAAGACAUAGACAGGCUCAUCAAAGAGACUGAGUCCACUGUGACACACGAGAUGGAAGGCGGCAACCGGCAGAGAGCCAUGAAGAGGCUGAGGGUUCCACCGUUGGGAGAGCAACAAAGUCCGUGGACCACCUUCAAACUAGGCCUGUUUUCAGGCGCCUUUGGCAUUUUAUUUGUUACUGCAGUUUUAUCUGUGAUCUUCAGCUCUCCUAGGAAUGAUUGGUGGAUCAUUUUCCAACUGUAUCGAGGUCCGCUUCUGCUGAUCGAGUUUAUAUUCCUGAUGGGUGUGAAUGUGUACGGCUGGCGGUCGUCGGGCGUGAACCACGUACUUAUUUUCGAACUUGAUCCUCGGCACCAUCUCUCCGAGCAGCACCUGAUGGAGUUGGCUGCCAUUUUCGGAGUCAUUUGGGCGCUCAGUUUGCUCGGACUCCUGUUCAGCGACAGACUCAGUAUUCCCGCCUACUACUGUCCAGCCUCUCUGGCCAUUGUGAUGAUAAUCUUCUUGAUAAAUCCAAUAAAAGCAUUUCAACACGAAGCACGGUUCUGGCUGCUGCGGGUGUUGUUCAGGAUAUUCACCGCGCCUUUCUGGACAGUCGGCUUUGCUGAUUUCUGGCUGGCUGAUCAGCUCAACAGUUUGGUCUAUGCUCUCAUGGAUUUCCACUUCUUCAUCUGCUUCUUCGUUUCGAAUCCCAGCUGGGAAACGUUCGAUCGUGACACUGUUUUCAACAUUGAAAAGUGCAAUGAAGAAUCCUGGUUCACCCUUCCGAUUGUUAACAUGUUGCCUGCCUGGUUUCGUUUCGCACAGUGCCUCAGACGUUACAGAGAUUCUGGAGAUGCAUUUCCGCAUUUGGUGAAUGCUGGAAAAUAUUCCACCACAUUUUUCGUGGUGAUUUUUGGAACCCUUAGACGAUAUCACCAAAGCGAUUACCAAAGUCAUGCAGAGAACCCUUUCUUUUACGCCUGGUUGUUGUCUGCCAUUGUUAGUUCCUGUUAUUCCUAUGCUUGGGACAUAAAAAUGGAUUGGGGAUUUUUCGACAAAAACGCAGGAGAGAAUAAGUUUUUGAGAGCCGAAGUUGUGUAUUCGUCAAAGUAUUACUAUUAUUUUGCUAUUUUCGAGGACGUCAUCAUAAGAUUCGCCUGGGCAUUUAGCUUUUUGAUUAUUGAAAAUGGAUUCCUAACGCCACCUGUCAUGACAUUCAUAAUAUCUACGCUUGAAGUUUUCAGACGGUUUGUUUGGAAUUACUUCCGUUUGGAAAACGAGCACUUAAACAACUGUGGUAACUUCCGAGCUGUUCGUGAUAUUUCCGUGGCACCGCUGGACACGUCCGAUCAAGCUGUAAUGGUGCGCAUGAUGGACGAAAGUGAUGGGGUUGUGCAUAGAAGGAAGAAGAGACCUGUUAAGAAGAAGGAUGAAACCACCCUUUACUUACUGCAGGAAGAAGCGCCGCAGUCGACGUCCAGUCCUCCUCUCGGUUAAAACUAAAACUGAAUUAUUUACGGAAUUAUUUAAAAAAGUCUCUCAAUGUGGUUACCAGCAAUUUUCCUUUUCGAAUGUGUUUUGGCACAUUUUCCUACUGCCAAUGACUGCAUUGUAUAGAAGGAAACCUUGAUGGUACGCAAAAGCAUUUCUCGACAAGUAUGUAAUGGCUCGAAUGUGCGACGUUUUUAGAAUAAUUAUAGGAUUUCAUUGGUAUGUGAUAAUUGAAACUUCAAGCAUGAUACUGGUUUUAGAAUUUAGUGUUUGUUUUUUUUUCAAGAAAGCGCAGCCAGCAUUUAAUGUUUUUACCAUUUAACUUCAUUACAUGUACCAAUCAUUGCGUAUAAGUCUUAAUAGUGAGGGACCAUUUUGGGAACCUGAGUAAACUUUGUGUUGUGAAAGUCGGGAACGAGAAUCUGUCCUUUCGUUUCUAGAAUUAUUUGAAAUGUCAGUGUUUGAAUUGAAAAAAUAACUCAAUAAAUCACGCAAUUCA